GCGCCCUCCGAGGACGUGAGCCCGCCGCCGGAGAGGUCCACAGCCGCCCCGCACGCCCGCGGCUCGGUUGCCGGCGUGGGCAGCGGGUCGCAGGCGCGGGCGCGGGCGUACAUGACGUCGCUGGCGGCGGGCUCUUGCGUAACCUCGCCGGUAAUGACGCCGCGCGAGGUGCGCGCGCCGCCGCUGUACAGCCCGCGGCAGCACCGGCCUUCGUUCCUGGGGUCGUCCCAGUUCGUGGCCGUGGAGCGCAUGACCAGCGGGCCGCCCGUGCUCAGCGGGGUCUCGCAGUCGACGGCCGCCAGGGUCACGUAUGCGCAGAUCCUCACGCGGGCGCAGGAGCAGCCCCCGGAGAGGGACCCCGACGCGGGGCACGGCCCGCCUCUGUCGCAGUCCUCGCGCGCGUGCCCAGGGGCGCAGCCCCGGUCGGCCGUGGCAUCCCCGCGGCAGACGUUCCGCUACGUGCAGCAUCCGGGCGCGCGCCAGCCGGUGCCGCUCCUCAACCUGGCGCCCCUGAGCUCGAGCCACCAGGGCUCCCCAGGAGGCGUCCCCACCGUGGCGCGCACCGCCCGCGGAGCGACAGGCGAGGGCAUGACCACCACCACGCUGUCGCCGCAUAGCCCGGCGAGGGCGCAGGCGCCUCUCACCGCGCGCGAGCCCGGGGUGUACGCGGCCCGGGUCCCCGGCGCGGUGCCGGGCUCCUACGUCUACCCGGCGCACUACUCCACCGGCCAGGCC